CCGAAAGUUUGGCUCUCAUUGUCUCUAUUAGAAAUAAACAACAGAAACAAAUUGCUCUAAGCUGUAGCUUCUAACUUUACAAUGUGCAAACAUAUUCUCAACGCCCAAGUCGCCAUCCGGUCACCCUGCUGCCGGAAAUGGUUCGACUGCGCAGAGUGCCACCAAGAGCAGGAAAACCAUCCUCUCAAGCAGAGCUUCGAAAUGACCUUUGCCUGCAAAAAGUGCAAAAAGGUCUUCCGCAAAGACGCCCAAGAGUUUGACGAGAGCGACGAAUACUGCCCGCACUGCGACAACCACUUCGUCCUCGAGGCCAAGACCCCCAAGGCCGCCUUGACCAUUGAGGGCGACGAUGUCCGAAUGAACAACAAGUUGCUAAGGGACGAAAGAAUAAAGCAGGAUGGCAUGAGGACCAUCUUUGACCCAACACCAGACGCCGACAGGCUUGGCUGAGUGGCAUGAUACAUUUGUGUUUAAGAAAUAGCGGCGUUGCACGGCAUCACAAUAAAUUGGAGUUCAUUUUUCCCCUC